AUGCCGCCAAUGGCAAUGGCAGCGCCUCAGCAACACCAACAGCUGCCGACAACAUCAAUGCGUUUCACAUAUCAGCCUAGUUCCAAGGUCUCGAAGUCUAUCGGCACAUCAAACGGACUGCGCCCUUCGCUCGAGAUAGUAACGCCCACUACUAUUUCAACUGCUACCGCGACGCCAUCAAUCGGCCUCCCUCGCUCAGACCCACUACCAGACUUGCCACCAUAUGUCGGUCCUCUAGUCGCGGCCUGGCUAGCAUUCGGUGUAGUCGCAGCAAUCCUUCUUUUCUUCGUCCAAUUUCCUCCACGAUGCUUCCGAGGCGAUGGCAAGGCGAAGCCAGUUAAUAGAAAAUUGCGGCCAGCAGCCAGCAGAGAUGAACAUGAGCUGGACACGCUCAACGCCACGCUCGAGCCGCCGCAAGCGGUUUCGACUUCAGCAGACUCGCCGGCGCUUGACAAUGGAGAGCUGCGACCUGGGAUGAGGAAGCGGGCGAUGCAGAAGAAUUUGUCAGUUGAUACGAGCGUGAAAUAUGUUGGACUUGGAAUUGCAGUGCCGGGAAUCAGCAUUGCGGAUCAUGCGCCGUCGCCUGCUUUGAGAACGCGCAAAUCAUUCGACGGUUUCAGCUCGCAGAAGUCGUAUCUCGACCAGAGUGAUGGCGCUUCUAGCCAUGGCUCGGCCAGCCCGCUUAACAAGAGUUGGCAUGUUCUGAACACGCCAAAGCCGACCGCAAAAUCCUCGCACCACGCUACGAAGUCGGUCGAUUCGCAAGAAGCUGCUCGAUCCCUUCGAUUUCGACUUCCCGAUGACGAGGAAGCCGGUCUCCGGAAGCCAACUGACAGACGAGGCAGAGGGUUUGGAUAUCGUACACCUUGGCCCACCCCGAAUGGAUCUCCAUCAAGCUCUGGCUCUUCCAGCCCAAAGCCCUCCACUUCGACGGUUCGACUCGCACUCGAGAAGGUUGGUGAUAGCAUCGAAUGGGGAACUGAUAAACUCGCCAAAUUGCUCCACGACCAGGUCAAGGAGGAUUAUGAGGAUGGAUUACUGUUGCCGAUUAAGGCCCCAAAACUGCAUGCAAAUUGA